AUGCAAUACAGUCUUCAACAGCAAUUAUCGUCAUCAUCAUCACCGUCAUCACAUUCUUAUUUUGCUCCCAUUCCAACACCUUCAUCAAUGCAAUAUGCAACCAUCUAUCCAACGACGACUCCGACUUCGAUCUCUCUUUCAUCAACACCAAAUAAAAAACUAUUAUCACAACAACAAUCAACACAAUUUCAGCCAUCGCUUCAAUUAGCACCUAUUCUGGCAACAAAUUCCUCCUACAUGUCGCCAAAUGCCUCACCCACAGCUUACAUGUCUCGAGACUCAGCUUCGCCAUCGUCCGAUCUCAGAGAUACAGAUACAGUGAAAUUAUUCAUUGGACAAAUACCACGACAUUUAGAAGAAAACGAUCUCCGACCAAUCUUUGAAGAGUUCGGACAAAUUUAUGAAUUAACUGUAUUAAAAGAUAGAUUUACUGGCAUGCAUCGUGUCUACGCCAGUUGGAGAGCGCUUCAGCGCGCGAUGAAAAGAAAAUAUCGUGACAACAGCAUUGAUACGUCUCCUUCUACUUCUUCGGAAUCUUCAACGGCAAUCAUGAGUCGUCCCAUCCAAGUCAAGCCAGCUGAUAGCGAAUCACGAACAGUACUACUACCGGCAUGUCUGACGUUAACAUCAGCAUCAGCCAAACUCGAUGUGAGUUAUGGUGAUAGUAAAGGUUGUGCAUUUGUGAAAUUUUCUACUCAUAAUGAAGCUCAACAAGCCAUACAAAAUGUUCAUGGAAGUCAAACCUUUCCAGGUGCAUCGUCGUCAAUUGUUGUUAAAUUCGCUGAUACAGAAAAAGAACGACAAUUGAGACGUAUGCAGCAAUUAGCUGGCCCACUCGGACUGUUAUCCAAUCCAUUAGUACUACAGCAGAUUGCUGCUAACUUAAACUACCAAGGUUAUACACAAAUUCAGCAACAAGCUUUGUUAGCAUCAUCAAGCGGUGCACAUCCAACAGCUUAUACAACUAUUCCCGUUUUGGCAACAUCUGGUCAACCGAUGAGUAAUGGAACGAUGACACCAUCUACAGUCAAUGCAUCUCCUGUUAACAAUGGACCAGCAGCAAUAUAUCAAACAACUGUAUCUGCUCCGAACGGUCAACCAGCAGAAUUGUUCUCACCAGGCAUGCAGUACUCGACGGUGGUUGGUCCAACAAUUGAUACUGCAACUGGCCUGCAAAUCCAACAAGCUACAGCUUAUACUACUUUACCUGCUCAAUAUCCAAUUUAUGCUCCCACAGCUAUUUAUUCUCAUUUACCGACAACAACACUGAUUCCAAGUGCAUUAGCCUCACCUGGAAAAGAAGCUCUACCACAGUUCUUUGGCCCUGACGGUUGCAAUCUUUUCAUCUAUCAUCUACCACAAGAGUUUGGUGACUCCGAACUUGCUUCAAUGUUUAUGCCAUUUGGCAAUGUUAUUUCGGCCAAAGUCUAUGUAGACCGUGCCACGAAUCAAUCUAAGUGUUUUGGUUUUGUUUCUUAUGAUAAUCCUCAAUGUGCUCAACAAGCCAUACAAUCGAUGAAUGGAUUCCAGAUUGGUAUGAAACGUUUGAAAGUUCAAUUAAAACGUCCAAAAGACUUAGCUAAACCAUAUUAA